UAGGUCUUAUUUAUGUUCAGUUGCCGCAAGUGGCCGCAAGUUGAAAUCAUCAGGUUGAAGUAGAAAGAAAUCUUUCUUGGAGAAUUCGCCAAUUUGUGAUAUCGUGUUACAUUUCACUCACAGCAAGUGUUGACGUUCAGAAGUUUCGGCCACAUUCAUUUCACACUCAAGAGUUCAUUAUCUUUACCGUUGUGUCUUCGUGUCUUCGAGACACCUCGGCGUGCCAUAGCACGUGGUUACUGUAUUAAAUAGGGUCUACAUCGCGACCUCAUGGAGCCAAACGAAGGGAACGCAGACGAUACAACGCAGUUACAGUUGAAAUUCGUUACCAAGCAAGAGCAAUUUGCAGUUCCAGACACUGUGUAUGCUGUUCCUGCUACUCUUCAUUCCUGGGGCUUAAAUAAUUUGAUAAAUGAUGUUUUGAAAUCAACAAAGGCAGACCAUGAACAAGUCAAGUUUGAUUUCCUUAUCAAUGGGGAACUCUUACGUGCCAGAUUGAAUACUCAUUUCAAAAACCAUGAGUUACCCACAGAAGCAAUUCAUACGGUUGAAUAUCUGGAGGCUCGGCCAGCUCCCGAACCGCAAGAUUGUCUCCUUCAUGAUGAUUGGGUUGCAGCUAUUCAUCAUCAGAAGAAUUGGAUCUUAACUGGUUGCUAUGACAAUACCCUGCAUAUCUGGAAUAAAAAAGGAGAGCACAAACUCACCAUACCUGGGCAUUCCGGUGCAGUGAAAGCCGUCUCGUGGAUCACAGUCAACAAUGAUUCUGCCUUGUUCGCCAGUGGAGGAGCUGACCAAACUGUUAUGCUGUGGGAGUGGAAUAUAAGGAAGAACUCAGUUGAAUGCGUCCAUGUUUGCCGUGGUCAUGAACGCUCUAUUGAAUGUCUCACUAUAAAUUUAGAUGCAACAAAAAUUGUAUCAUCUGGAUGGGAUAAUUUAAUCAAAAUUUGGAAUGCAGAAAUGCAGUCUUCAGUAGAAGGAGAACCCGAGAAAAAAAAGUUCAAAAGCUCCGACAAGAAUCAUAUCCGAACACCGGUAAUGACUCUAAAAGGCCACAAAGAAGCAGUGUCAGCUAUUAGGUGGAUUGCGGAAGAUGAAAUUGUCACCUCAUCGUGGGAUCAUACCUUGAAAUUUUGGGACGUCACACUGGGUGGUGUGAAAUCCGAGUUGGCUGGAAACAAGGCCUUUUUUGAUCUAGAUUACUCACAUCUCAACAAACUUAUAAUCACUGCUUCGGCUGACCGACACAUUAGAUUGUAUGACCCUCGAUCUACAGAGGGACUCUUAGUGAAAAGUACCUUUACUCACCACACACAAUGGGUGCCUUGCGUCAGGUGGUCGACAACAAAUGAAUAUCUUUUCGUCUCCGGGUCCUAUGAUCAGCAAGUGAAACUUUGGGACACAAGGAGUCCGAAAACCUCGCUUUAUGACAUGACAGGGCACACUGAUAAAGUUCUUAGCUGUGAUUGGUCCGAUCCAGAACUGAUACUUUCUGGUGGAGCAGAUAACACUUUGCGAUUAUUCAAAUUCACCGGCUAGACUAAAGAAAUUUGAGCUCUCAUCGUUGAGAUACUGUAAUAAUCAACUUUAGAGAAGCCCACCGAAAAGCUCUCUAAGUUCUUAUGUAUAAUAAGUGAGUUCAUGUUAAUGACUUGAAUUGAAACAACUUCCCUGAAAUGAACACAAGAAAAGAAAAUUUCAAGGAAACUCCUUCCAUUUACAAAUACUGAUGGUAUAGCUUAGUUCGUAUGGACUAACAAACAAACUCUGAUGCUGCCACAGCUAAGUCCCUAUGAACUAAUUUUGAAUAAACAAGUUCAGUGAUCUCCUCUACAGUUGAAUGCAAACCUAUCAUUUGGUUUCUGAAAACCUGUCUCAUAAUCAGUUGCCAAACUGACUCCACCGAUUUUGCAGUACAUGUUUAUAAAAAGUUUAGAGGAAGCGAUCAUAGCUUUUCAAGGUGAAGUUACAUGCUAUUUUGCUGCCCUUUAUCAGUAGAGGAUACAUGCAACUACCUCUCAAAUUGAGGAAACUAUGCUUACAAGUUUCCUUUUCACCCUUUCUCAUUUUAACUAGCUCAUCAAUUCAACAGUCGAUCCUGAAGAGAAUGUUGGCAACAAAAUGGGCCCGUUGCACGCAAGGAAUACUGCUAAGCGAACAGACUUGCCGCAGGUGAAAUCACACAAAAAUCACAUUGGGCACAUAAAUCACUGUUUUUAGUACUGUGUCUCUUGCGUACAACUGGCCUGUUUCAGUUUUGGGAAAUGAGAAAAACUCUAUUUUGUUCGACCAAUAAAUUAAAAUGCCAAAAUCACUUAAGCAACGUAGAAAAGAACUGCAGAAGCAUCAUGAAACUCAAAGAAUCCGGUCUCUAAAACAAGAUACCUAGUAAAGUUUAUCUUGACGAGCAACUUUUGCUUCCUGUCACAUUUUUUAUCAAAAUAAAAAAACAGAGUUUUAUUCUUA